GAGAGGCCAGGGAGCAAGUGUUUACUCGGGCUGACCAGGAAUAUCGUGCAUAUAUAGAAGAUGAAUCUUGGAGGAAGGAGGUUACCGGCGGGCAAGCGAGCAGGCUCUGCUUUAUCACCUCGUGGCUGCACUCAGCUGAUCUCUGGACUCUCAGAUUGAGCAAGAACAGCCAGAGACAGGCAGCUCCAAAAUCAGUCAGCAACAAAGGCAGGGCAGGAGGAAGAAUCCAAGAAAGUCAAAGAAUAGGAAAAAAAAAGAAGAAAAAAAAGAGCAGGCCAGAGAGUGUGACGAGGGAGCGGCAACGGCUUAAACCUACAAAACAACAGAGUUAAACAUUGAUAGAGCCUCUUUGAGGUAUAAUGGUGGACAAGAGUUUUUAUCUGAGGUUUUGGGGAGGAGUAUGAAGGAUUUGAGAGGACGGGGGGAGUCAGAGGCAGGGGUCUGGUGGAAAGUAAUUGUGGUGACAGCCAGUGCAAAGGGACCAGCACUCAUGUGAGACACAGAGGAAUUAAAAGAUAGAAAGAAAGAGAGAAGGACCAGAAGAGGACCAGCGGACCCCAAACUGGACUUCAGCAUGGGGGUAAAGAGCAAGGCUGCAGCAGCUAUCGUAGUCCUGCUGCUGUUCCUCGGUUUGCUGUGGCAAUAUGGAAGUUUGGAUUACCACUGGGAUUCUUGCUUAAAAGGUUAUAAUCAGGUGAAUAAGCUCCACCAGCUGUCCAACAGCAGCGGGGCUGAUGCGGCUUGGGGCCCCCACGUCCUGGAGGCAUGCCCCGGUCAAACCUUCCAGGUGUCGCUGCUGCUCUCCCACCUGCUGGCUGCACCGGCCUACACCUCCGAUGUGCUGCUGCAGCCCUAUCUGUCCAGCUGGGAUGAGCUUAUAAAGUUCAUGGAAUCUCUCGGACCAAUGGUGGGACUGAUAUCUAAGGAGAUAGAGAGUAAGACCUCUGUGAUCCGCCAACUGGCUCUGCUGUCGGAGGAGAACCCUGAAGCAGAGCUAAGUCCAGACAUACACUCAAUAAACUCUGGGAACACAGAGGUUGGGACAAAGAAUGAUGUAGAGGCCUUAGGGCACGCCAGUGCUUACCACUCUCUGCGCUCCAUGAUCAAGACGGAGCUCAACCAAGGCGUGGUGGACUUCAACCACCAGACGGACUCUGGAUGCCGGACUAUCCUGCGGCUGCAUCGAGCUCUGCUUUGGCUGAAGCUCUUCCUGGAGAAGCUGGCUGAGACGCCGGUGGCCGGUCGGCUCAGGAGCCCCUCAGACUUGUGUCGCGAGGCUUACCAGAACACCCUGGCCAACUACCACACCUGGUUUGUCCGCAGGGCUGCCGAGCUGGCCUUCAUAGCCCUGCCAGAGCGGGGUUUCUUCUUCAGGUUGGUGUGCGUGCAGAGCCAGGAGGAGCUGAGCAUGGUGCUGACCAAAGUGGCUCAGGCUAUUGAGGUGGUUUAUAACAGGACACAGAAAGCCCUGGAGGAAAACGGCAUGCUGGACUUGCCAUAAGAAAGACGACUAUCAGACUGGACAUCCAGCCUCUACUGCUGCUUCACCAUGUUUUGCACUGUCCUCAUGCUAUCCUUGGCAUCACACAUUCAAAAACCAAGUUUUUUUUUACAAACGAGGUGUAAACUUCUCAAGGAAGCAUGAAUGGACUUAAUUUUUUUUUAUUAGCCAAAACCUACAUGUGCCAUACUGUCCCUGCCGACCAAAGUGCUGUUUUCAACAAGCAACUGACACAAAAGUCAGUGUCAGCCUGACAUUCCUUAUCAGACUUUAUAAGAUAAUGUCUUGAAUGUCUUGACUUCUGCUCAUCUAAGAGGCAGCUGAUAAUGUAUUAAGACUGUGAAUUAUUUAAGCAUGUGGGCACAGUAACACGAAUACAAUCACCCGUGCUGCAGCGCGUAUCCCAGGGGAAAUCAUUUUGUAGUGCAUCACAACAUACGGUAUCAUGUUGUUGUGCCUGCACCCACCCGUGCGUAAUUGCUAUAUUUCUUUUUUCUAUACUGAAACUAACUGCUGUUCUAAGUGUAGCUAAUGCUUGGUGAUUUAGUAUGCUACCUCAUUACUGGCUAGGUUUAAAUGCCUUGUAGCCCUAAAAUCUCCAUGGGACCAAUCUAUCCUAAUUAAAGAGGUAUUACACACAAAAAAAUCAAUAUGUGCUGAACAAAGGACAAUAUCGUGUUUCACAGUCAGUGUUGUGUCGAACAUCGUUUCAUCAGUUUUACACACAUUGGAAGUUUUUGUAUCAUGUUCAGAAUGAUUAAAUACUUGUUAAAAAAAAAAAAAAGAAAAGCUA